AUGCGACCUUCAUCAUCGUUCUUAUCCCGUUCAUCGGUGAAUCCCACAACCCCUCUUCCUAAGGUUUCUCAAGUCAUAGAUAUGGAGUCCCAUGCCUCAGCCACGACGUUUGGCUCCACAGGUGUUGUGGCUCCUUGUAUGUCUACGAGUAGAGAACACUCUUCCACCGUACAUUCAACUCUUCUUCCCUAUACAAGCGUCCACAACCUCCUUGUCAGUCUCUUCAGCCAUCAGGUGUUGAGUGUCAUUUUACGGGGUUCAAAUAGCCAAAGCCGGUCUCAGUCGCAAAGAAAUGCCAAUGAAGCAAACAAAUUACCUUCUAUCCAUCAAGGUCUCGUCAGACAAGCACCAAGGAGCCAUCUUGACUGCAAUUUUGUAUCAUAUAGGACCGAUGCGACUUGGAACAAAGACAAACUGACAGUAAGAUUGGGAUGGCUCUUCUCGGGUCCAGGUCUGGAGACUCCAAUCCAUGGAUCUACGCAAAAGCUUUAUCAGCUCAACCCUUAUUGCAGAGGCCAUCGCGAUUCGAUCGAGACUUUGUAUGUCAUUAACCUUGGAGUUCUCCACACUCAAGGUUUUCUUCGACAGUUUAACGCUCAUCAGAACUAUCUCCGGCAACCUCCAGUCUAA